AGCUGUUCAGUAAUCUUUGGGUUGUCGUAAUGACUACUAGUCAACCAUCAUCAACCGGAUGAGCGAUGCAAAAUCACACUAUCACACGGAGAACGCAUUGAUCUUUAUUAUUAAGUGUACACUUCGCCCGAGCCAAACCUGCCAGUCUCUGCGCUGUCCCUCGCCGAAUAGUCGCAGUGAAGCAGCUCUAGGACCAAUGCCACGCCCUCGGUCAACUAUGCAGAUGUGUAGGGCAUGACUGACACUACCGCAAGCUGCAUAAUAGGCGGACCGACUUAAGAACUUGAGUACCUCCCCUCUCCACGCCGCUCGAGUCUAGUUUCACCAUGCUCAUCACAGUGGCGUCCCACGAAGCUUGUGUCCAUCCCAACCGCUUGAUUGUCGAUGUCAGACACGAAGUACGCGGAGCGAAGGAAGGCGUCUCCGAGGAUGACAUAUCCAUGAUCGCCUGCAUCAUGGACGUUGAGACGGUGGGCUUGCGAGCGAUUGCUCUCCAGUCUUGGAUGACCAUUCAAGGGGACAGCUGGUGACGUGAGCUCGGUGAAAGGAGCAGAAAUUGUCGACCGUCAUCGCCGCUGAAAACAAAGCGAAGGCUGCCUUACCGCUACGUUAGAGCGCAAUCCACGUACCUGCUCUCGCUUGCGCCGGAGUACGGUGAGAUUUACUGGAACACGUUGGUGGGAAGAUACAUGGCCG